CGUCGGGGCGUGGUGACGUCAGGCGCUGUGGCGGGAAGUUCGGAGCGCGGCGGGACGGCGGCGGCCGCCUCAGGCUGUAUGAAGCAUUUGUGAAAUAAGCUGUUGAAGGACCAUUCUGCCGAAGCAAUGGCUUCUCAAGAAUUUACUGUGUUAUACACUCACCAAAAAAUGAAAAAAUCAAAAACAUGGCAAGAUGGAAUUCUGAGGAUUAGACCUGGAGAAAAUAGGGCAAUCUUGCUUGAUGAUAAAGGACAAUAUUUGGAGAGUAUGUUUGUAAAAUCCCAGGUGAAUUCUGGAGAUAAUUUAGAAAGUGAACGAUAUCUGAUCAUGGUUGAAGAAGCAAAAAUGAAGGAAAAAUCUUGUGGAGAUCAACCAAGGAAAGCUGAAAUAGUAGAUUUGAAUAGACGUGGUUUAAAGCCUGCAGUUCUGCCUCCAAGACAUCUGUCUGUUGGCUUAAAGAGGAAGUUUACAGGUUUCCAAGGGCCACGUCAGGUUGAAAAGAAAGUAUCGACAGCAGAAGACGGAGAAAGAACGGCAGUAUCACCUAUAUCUGAGCAGAGUCAGGAUCCUUUUCCAUCCAGGUUUUAUAUUACCUCUCCCUUAUUUUCUACUAUUUACAAGAAGAAAGCAGAAACAAGCUUAUCUGCAGACUUGCAUGAAGAUGGAGGUACAGAUAAUAGAGAUCGUGUGACUCCCUCCUCAGUGGUUUCACUUCCAUUUCUUCAUACAUGUAAUGAAAUAGAGAAGAAAAAUUCUGAUCAGUCCAUGGUAAAGCCAGAGUCUCCUCUAAUUAGUGGGCACACCAAGUCUAGUAGUUGGACAACUGGUCAUGGGGCAGUGUCACAGAACAUCAGGAGCACAGCACAGAUCAUAGCCCUUUUGAAAUCUAAACCACAGGUCUGUGGAGAGCAAGUAACAUCUGAAGUCACAGAAUGUCAUAGAUUUCAAGCAGUGGAAAACAUAAAUAGUUUGUAUAACCUAAAAAGCACAAUCCUGCCUGCCUUUUCUGUCAACUCUGACAAAAAGAUUGCUCAAAAUAUUCAGCACUUGCCUUUUACAAAGGAAAUGGUAAAUGAUAAAAAGGAACGUUUGCUUAUUAAUUCAUCUGAACCUUGUGAUAAAGAAAUCACAGGGCAAAGACAUAACGAAAAGGCUAAUAGUUUAGGCCAAGACUUACAAGAUUCCUGCAGGACAAACAGUUCUGUACUAUCUGAAUCAACCAUAAACAGAGUGAGCGACAGCCUAUUUGUCUCUUCUUGUUCAGCAAGUCCAGUCACCUUUGAAAAACCUCUCUCCAGAUACAGAGAGCAUUUGGCAAUUAAUGGUCUUCAGGAUAAUUCAUCAAUCAAAUCUCAAAGUGACCUUCAGCUGAAACAAAACUCAGAAAGAAUGCCUAGUGACUUAGAGCUCUCUGAAUAUGUAACAGUGACUGAAAAUGGAAAUGCAAAGCAGGAAUUAAGUACAUGUGAUGGAGACUGUAGUCCAGAUAAACAGGUGAUGGAAGUUAAUUUUGACCUGCUGGGAGCUUUUGAUUUUCAUGAUAUGGACAAUGGAGAGCACUGUGAAAGAAAUAAGAAAGAGCUCACUGAAGAAGACAUGCUUUCAGAAAGUGCAGAUUGCUUAGAGGGAGAAGAUAGGGCACAAAAUACUGCACUGAGAUUUAAUUCUUGCUUUGAAGUGAUGACACACUGCAAAAAGGAAGAAAUCAAGUGUUCAACAUAUGAUGUAGAAAAAGAUGGCAAUCACUGCACUGUGCAAAUGCCAUUACAGUUCUGUAACAAUGUUACAGAUACAGAGAGAAUUAUGGAAGACUCUUCAAACCAGACCAAGAUUGAAGUGGAACUUUUGGAUGACAGAAACAACUUAAAAGAGAUUAAUGGAAGCCUAGGAAGUAUUGAAGCUGUGAACAAUAAAAAGGAUCUUGGUGGCUGUGCAGCACUUACCAUUAAUGGCACAUCAGGAAUAAAAAGCAAGCACUUUGAUCUUUUUCCUGGUGACACAAAUGUUAAAUGUCACCCUAAAACUGGAAUGUUUGAUAAAACUGAAAAUAUUUCACGUACUGCUUCCAGUAUAAUUUCUACAGCAGAGGAAAAGGCUGAAGAAGAUGUUAUACAGCUUGAAUGCACAAAAUCCCCAGAUCUUGAUUUAGAACAUUUCUGGGGAACUAAAAUUGAUCACAUCAAACCAGAUAGCCCUAUGCUGACUUUGUCACAAAACUCUGAAUCUUGCUGUGGCUCAUCCCAAUAUGUUACAGAAGAUCAUCAAAAUCUGUCUGGCAUUUUGAAUAAGGAAAGUACUCUUAUUUCCAGAAGUGCUAUCUGUCCUUUAGGGAAAGGUCGCUCAGCUUCAGAAGAAGCAGAAAUGGAUGAAACAGAGUUUGAAAAUCUGGAGAGCAUGAAUGUCCCUCUUGGAGCCUGCAAAGGUGAAAGAAUAGAAAUGGAUUGCCUGAAAUCCAUGGCAAAGGCUGAAAAUUCAUCAGAUCUUCCCGACUUGGUAAACAAUAUCACUCUUCUAAGAACUUUGUAUCAAUGUAGCACAGCACUAGACAGCUUACAAAUGAUGAAGGAAAAUAAUAGUGUGUUUCAUGAAGCAGAGACUUCUAAAGAGAUACUUGAACUACUUACCAAAGAUGAAGCUAUAAAACGGUUUACAGAAAUGCCUUACUCAGAAAGUAUACAGGCAUCUUCAUGCGUUGAUUCUUCUGGCAAUUUGCAGCCUAACUGUAAGGUUGAUUUAUUACAGAAAACUGAGCUGUGUGUUCCACUGAAAGCACUGGGCCAAAGAGACCCUAGGACACCUGACUGCCAGUGGAAGUCUCCAGAUUCAAGAAGUCUUCAUGAGGACUAUAUGAAUUUUAUCAGAGAGGAGAAUUUUCAAAAGAAGUUUAACAUUAAAGACUCAGUAGCAGGUCACUCCUCACCAGCACUGAAUGUGUGUUCUGAAGUUCCACAGUGGAUAGCGUCAAGCUCACCAUCACAUUCUGAUUUGGAAGAAACACAGUGGACCUCAUGGGAACCUGGCAAGAUUAUUUCAUCAGUGCAAUUGAACUCCUCAGUUUCUCCAGCUUCAGGAAAAAAAGGAAGCGUUCAAGACAUUCAGGAACCUCUGAUUUACAGGAACCUACCUAGUGAUUCAGAACUUCCAGAAGGCAUUUUCACAUGGGAACAAGACAGCUAUCCAGAGGAAUGCAACUCCACAGUUAAAACACAAAUUCCACCUGUCACUGUUGCUGCCACUGAGAAGAUUCCCAACAAUUUUUUCCUAACCGACAGUGAGGAGGUCCAGCAAUCUAAUGGCUUUUUAGUAGCCAGUUUGAGCAGCGAGCCAGCAGAGUUUUCCAUGAGUGCUUCUGGCCCUGAGGACAGGAAUUAUGAAACCUCCGUGUUUGAGGAGUGUACGGAAGACAGACAAAGAAAGUCUGUGCACCCAGUAUUCUCAAAUGUGACUUCCCAGUAUAGACAAAGCAAGUGGGUAAAAUAUCUAAACAGCGCUCAUAGUGACCUGAUAACUCAAAACAGCAACGAUAUGGACGCGACCAAUGACAUCUAUGCUGAGAAUGUCCUUGGAAUGCUGCCGGGUGACACAGGAGAGAGCCAGAGCAGCACUGUGAACAGCAACGCUCCCGGCUCUGUACCUCUGCUGACAGCAAAGAGCAUACUUGGUGAAUGCUGUGCAGAUAGCACCAACCAAGAUUUGAUUUCAGAAAGGAAUUUACUUUCUUGUCACUUAAAUCAGACUCCUUUAACUGAACCAGCACAAAAGGUGUUGAGUCAUCUAACCUGCUGCACUGUAACAGGAGAGGUCCAGGAUAUAACAGUUUCUGAGUUGUCUUUUCCUAAUGCAGAUAAAGUAAAACAUGCUAAUCUUCCUAAAAGAAAGAUUGCCAUACCAACUGAGUUUCAGUCUCACGUUCACUACAAACAGGUUUUUAAAGCUGCUUUGACAGAACAUUUAAACAUAAUGCUUUUUGAGCUGUCGCAGAGAUUUCACAACGCUCUUUCGAAAGUGGAUAUAUCAUUUUACACCUCAUUGAAAGAUGAGCAAAGCGAGAGCAAAGAAAGCUGCGUUCCACUCUGUGAUCACAUGCGUCCUGCUAAGGUUCUUGUGGUUAAAAAAGAAGGUCAAAACAAGGGCCGUCUGUUCUAUGCCUGUGAUGCCCCAAGAGCUGAGCGCUGUUCAUUUUUCAAAUGGAUGGAAGAAGUGAACCCUGCACAAAUAAAAUUCACACCGAGCGUAGUGCUUCAUGAUGUAAAAAGUAUUGGAGCGUACCUCCGAAAUCAAAAGAUUUUUGUCUUUGAUGGAUGCCAGCUUUUUGUGAGGAAAGGGUAUGAAAUUCGAACACGAUGGUGUAGUAAGCUCAAGAAACUUACAAACAUGCAUGCUGAUUCUGAUGGGGACUCCAAAAAUAAACUGUACCUCAAGCUAAGCAGUAAGGAGCAUUAUUCUCUCUAUAGCAAAGAUGAUAUUUGGGUUGUUUCGAAGACUCUGAAUUUUGAUCCCCUUGAUACUUUCAUUGCAAGUAGUGCUUUCUUUGGACCAACCCAUAACAAUGAAGUAGAACUCCUACCACUGAAAGGCUAUUACCCCUCAAACUGGCACUCACAUACAUCAGUUCACGCCUUGCUAGCUUGUAAUGCCAGUGGUGAGCUUAUAUCCUUAAGAAACAUGGAAGAAUACUUCAAUCCAUCUACAUUACCACUAAUACCAUAUCUACUAAAAAUGAAUCGUGAUUCUGAAAAGCCUUCUAGGAGAAUAAACAGAAGAAAAUUUAUUCCACCUGCCAUGAGCGUGGCACGCAAAAAGAUAUACGGCUCUGUCAGCUCUGAAGUGGCAAUGCAACUAGCUGAAAAGAUGAUCCUAACGUUCUCACUGAAUCCAGAUCAAGCUACAUCUCUGAUUCACAUAGCUCAGAUGAUGUCCUCACAUGAAAAUAUGAAAUCAGUGGAAGAACAUCAGAUUUUCCCUAUCACAAUCAUACAUGGUGUUUUUGGAGCUGGAAAGAGCUACUUGCUGUCUGUUGUGAUCUUGUUCCUAGUCCAGCUCUUUGAAAGCAGUGAAGCUAAUGAGGGUCCAGAGCUAGCUCCAUGGAAACUCCUGAUUGCUUCUUCCACUAAUGUUGCUGUUGACAGGAUACUGCUGUGUCUACUUGAUCUUGGAUUUGAGGAUUUCAUCAGAGUGGGAAGUAUUAGGAAAAUUGCCAAAGCAAUUCUUCCCCGUAGUUUACAUGCAGGCUCAGGAAAUGAAAAUGAACAGUUAAAAGAACUUCUUGCUCUCCUGAAAGAAGAUUUAGCUCCAGCUGAAAAAAUGUAUGUAAGGAAGAGUAUUGAGCGACAUAAACUGGGGACCAAUAAAAAUGCAUUGCAACAGGUAAAAGUGGUUGGAGUGACCUGUGCUGCCUGCCCAUUCCCUUGCUUGGAUACUCUUCAGUUUCCUGUAGUGGUGCUGGAUGAGUGCAGUCAGAUGACUGAACCUACUUCUCUCCUCCCUAUUGCAAGGUUUCAGUGUGAAAAGCUAGUCCUUGUUGGAGAUCCUAAGCAACUGCCACCAACUAUUCAAGGGUCUGAGAGCAUUCAUGAUAAAGGACUAGAACAGACUCUCUUUGAUCGGCUUUGCUUAAUGGGACAUAAAACAAUACUGCUACGGACACAAUAUCGAUGCCACCCUGCUAUUAGUGCCAUAGCCAAUGAGCUGUUCUACGAAGGAAACCUGAUAGAUGGCAUUUCUGAGAAGGAAAGAAGUCCUUUACUGGAUUGGCUUCCAACACUAUGUUUUUAUAGUGUUAGCGGGCUGGAGCAAAUUGAAAGCGACAACAGCUUUUAUAACACAGCAGAAGUUCAUUUUAUAGUCAAGCUUAUCCAGUCUCUGAUUGCAAGUGGAAUACACGGAUCUGCAGUGGGUGUGAUUACUUUUUACAAAUCACAGAUGUACAAGAUACAGAACUUGCUUAGGAGUGCACAUUCCGAGGCUUUUCCAGUGAAGGCUGUCCAGGUGUCCACUGUAGAUGCAUUCCAAGGAGCUGAGAAGGAGAUCGUUGUUCUGUCAUGUGUAAGAACAAGACAAACUGGAUUCACAGACUCAGAAAAGAGAAUGAAUGUUGCAUUGACAAGGGCAAAGAGGCAUCUCCUGAUUGUUGGGAAUCUGGCCUGCUUAAGUAAGAACAGACUCUAUGAAAGAGUAAUUAAUCACUGCAAAGGGCAAGAAAACGGAUUGCAACAUGUAAGCCAGUGUGAGCAGCAGCUGAACGACAUUCUGAAGCACUACUUGGAGGAAAAGAAGGAAGAGGAACAGAGUAAGAAAAAGGAAAAAUAAAACGUGUGCAUUUUAUUUUGACAAUAUAUGAAUGGUGUGUCUAUAAAAAUGACCUAAUGUCUAUAAAAGUGUGAAUGUAAUAUUUAAUGUUUAAUGUGGGGAAAUCUUAUUUGCAUCUGUUUAAUUCUUCUGUUUUGGCAGCCCCUUGUUUGAAUGACUAAAACUAAAGAAUAUAGGAACUGCAAGGCAUCUGAAAUCCCUUUCAUUCUAUUAUUAAUAUUAGUAUGAAUUAUUUAAUAACUAAGCCUAUGAAGUACCUAAUUGCAUUAUUAGUGUUUUGUUGUUAUUUAGGCUGCAUGCGUAUCAAACCUGUUGUAAAAACAAGUGUCACUUUGUGUAUUUACAAAUCAUUCAAAGCCAAGCGCAUGGCUCUAACGAUAAAAAGGCCCAAUGCAACAUCGUUUUGUCAAAGAAAAUGCCAUGCCCUCGGUUUAUUCAAUCCUCGCAAUUCAAC